AAGAGGUAUGGAUACCUUUUUGAUCAUGAAUCUUCCUUUUCCUAUUGUUUUAGACAUUCUUUCUAGACUUCCCAUAAAAUAUCUCCUCCGUUGCAUGAGUGUAUGCAAGCUCUGGUUUAGCUUUCGACAUGAUUCUGAAUUCAUCAAGCUCCAUUUCACUAAAAGUAUGAUACAUCCACCUUCCGGUCUACUUCUUCAUCCAUUACGAACACCCAACAAUGAGACGAGUAGCUUACUUAUAGUAACUCCUGAUGUAGGUGUUUGGAAUGCCAAACACAUAUCAAUAAAUCUUGAUCUGACACAGGAAAAACUCCUUAUUGUGGGUUCUUGCAAUGGCUUUCUCUGUUUGACAACAGGGAGGGCUGAUACUAUAUGGCUCUGUAAUCCCAUUACAAAACAGAGUAUGGAAUUGCCCACUUCACAGGGAUAUAAUCCCAUUACAAAGAAGAUGAUGGAGAUGAAGUUGUUCACUUACACCACAAACCCAAGUUCAAACGAUAUAAUUACCAGUACUGUUGGUUUUGGCUUUGAUAGCUUAAGCAAUGAAUAUAAAGUGGUUCGACUUUCUUUAAACAAGAACCGUGAUGUUACAUAUUGUGAGAUAAUUACAGUGGGUGCAGAGAAUAGUUCAUGGAGAUUUUUAGAUUUCCCAGAAUCUUUAAGGUAUUUACAUCAAACUGAUCCAGUUCUUUUGGAUGGAACACUCUAUUGGCUCAUCGAAAAUUCUUCGCUUCGCCACGAAUACAUUCUUGCAUUCGACAUUCACAGUGAAAAGUUUUGGAUUAUUGAUCAAUAUCCUCUUCAAGAGUAUGGAGAAAGACUAUCUUUAAUUCAAAUAGAUGGAUCUCUUGGGUUAAUUGAUUGUUAUUCUGAGGCUCUGGUUAUAUGGUUAAUUAAGGGUAGCAAGUCCAUGGGUUUCUCAUUUACUUUAUUAACUACUUAUGAUAUCUCGGGCGUGAUUUGUUUGGAUGAUCAUUACACAUUUGUGGCUAAUUUUGGUCGUGAUACAUUCCUGCUAAGUGUAUUGAAGGGAGUGUUUGCUCAAAAAAUUCCUGUGGAUAUUGAGUCCUCUCUUGUUGUCUACUCUCCGGUGGUGAAAAAACAGAAUUUAUCUGUUCAAGUAGGACCUUGGAAAAGUAAAUGCUUGCAGGGACAUUGGAUUGCGCCUACUUUCAAAUCUCUCCCAGGCUCUGGAUUCUGAUAGUUUUUUUGUUCUUGUUAGAUUCAUUGAGGAAACUGAAGUGGUAUUUUUUUUUCUGUCAUAUGCUUUGAUUAUCAAUGGAGUGAUUGAGAUUUUUUUAA